AUGGUACAACGCGUGCGCAUAAUUUUCACAGGAAAGGAUGGGUACGGAUGCGGUCGCUGUGGCGCGUACCUUUGCGACACUGGCGAUGUUAUAUCAAGACAUUUCCAUGGCAAACACGGUAAGGCUUGUCUCGUAAGCCGCUGUUUCAAUUACUAUUUCGGUCCCCAAGAAGAAAAACAACUGCUAACAGGUGUCCACAUUGUGCGCGAUGUCUACUGUUCGAAUUGUGAUUCUUACCUUGGUUGGACGUACGACUUUGCUCAUGAAGAGAAGGAACGCUACAAGACUAAUCGUUUUGUUUUAGAACUUGAGCUUCUGAGAGAAAUUGGUUCCAACACAGAGGGAUGUAGCGAACUCAGUGUGGUACAUGAGGAGCAGAGGGCUGUGUAA